AUGACGACCUCAACCUACACCAUCGAUAUCCAGAGUGUCUACGAUGAGAAAAUCAAGCGCAGUCAAACAGACUCUGUAGUUCUACGAAAAACAGCGGCAUGUCCCAUCGGUGCGCCGCGUAGCGUUACGACUUUUCCUAAACCUACCUCUGCGACGCAUGGCUCGUGGCAUCAUGAUGGGAAGCGUGAGGGGAAAGGUCCGGUUGUGUUUCGUGGGUGGCAUGUUACCGAGGAACAUGUUAGGAGGAGGGCGUUGUGGAGGGGGAGGCAGGAGUCUGGGGUGAUCUAUGGGGGUGGAAAGGAGGAUGGGAAGGAAGUCAAUGGAGAGCGGAAGAAGAGUGUGAGUGAAGUGGUAAAGUGA